AUGAACAAUCGACGGCGACUAUCAAUGUUCAUUUCUCUGAUUAUUUUCAUAGCAGCCUUAUCAUUGGUUUUUGCAGCACUUCUUACUGAUUAUUGGUCCGAAAGUAGGCCUAUCAAUAAGAAAUUUAACUCUGUGAAUAAUUAUGUGAAUUUGGGUCUCUUUAAAGGCAGUCGACAGCUGGAUUGGGGACUGGGUCCACGUUACAAAACUUUUUUAGUAUACGAGGAAUUACGCGAUCGAGUAGGUUUCAUUUCUAAAGUCCCAUGGGUAUUUAUUCUUUUUUUCUUAGCAAUUGGAAUUUUAUGGAAUGCAGUGGGUGCAAUUGUCGCACUUUUGAACACUGUCGCUAGAGAAACCAAUACAGUUGCUGGACCGAAAGGGAUUUAUCUGUGGAGCAUUCUUGCUGCGAUAUCAUAUGCGUUAGCAUUGAUAACUUUCCUAGUACAAUAUGUGACAACGAUUCAAAGCAAUGUUUUACUAAGCGAACACACUAAUAAUGGAUUUUCAACGGAGAAUCGUACAAGGCUCAGUUUUUCAUUCUACUUUGUAACAACUGCAUUAGUACUUUUGCUGAUCCCAUGUUUAUUGGUUUACGGAACUUCAUCAAGCAAACGGGGCAGUGAAGGAGAGAAGCAGUUACAUGUGGAUCAUACUGUCUUUAUGUACUAA